GCCCGUCGCGACUGCGGCCCCUCCCGGCCCGGCGCUGCGGGCCGAGGCGGCGCCAUGAACCUCCUGCCGUGCAACCCCCACGGCAACGGGCUGCUCUACGCCGGCUUCAACCAGGACCACGGAUGCUUCGCGUGCGGCAUGGAGAAUGGCUUCCGGGUCUACAACACCGAUCCGCUGAAAGAGAAAGAGAAGCAAGAGUUCCUGGAAGGAGGCGUGGGCCACGUUGAAAUGUUAUUUCGCUGCAACUACUUGGCAUUAGUUGGUGGAGGGAAAAAGCCCAAAUAUCCCCCGAACAAAGUGAUGAUCUGGGACGACCUGAAGAAGAAGACGGUCAUCGAGAUCGAGUUCUCCACGGAGGUGAAGGCCGUGAAGCUGCGGCGAGACCGGAUCGUGGUGGUUCUGGAUUCCAUGAUCAAGGUGUUCACGUUCACGCACAACCCCCACCAGCUGCACGUGUUCGAGACCUGCUACAACCCCAAAGGCCUCUGUGUCCUGUGCCCGAACAGCAACAACUCUCUCCUGGCCUUCCCGGGGACGCACACCGGCCACGUGCAGCUGGUCGACCUGGCCAGCACGGAGAAGCCGCCCGUGGACAUCCCCGCCCACGAGGGCGUCCUGAGCUGCAUUGCGCUCAACCUGCAGGGGACCAGGAUCGCCACCGCGUCCGAGAAAGGGACCCUUAUAAGAAUAUUUGAUACUUCAUCAGGGCACUUGAUCCAGGAGCUGCGAAGGGGCUCUCAGGCCGCCAAUAUCUACUGCAUCAACUUCAACCAGGACGCGUCCCUCAUCUGCGUGUCCAGCGACCACGGGACCGUGCACGUCUUCGCGGCCGAGGACCCCAAGAGGAACAAACAGUCCAGCCUGGCGUCGGCGAGCUUCCUGCCCAAGUACUUCAGCUCCAAGUGGAGCUUCUCCAAGUUCCAGGUGCCCUCGGGCUCCCCGUGCGUCUGCGCCUUCGGGACGGAGCCCAACGCCGUCAUAGCCAUCUGCGCCGACGGCAGCUACUACAGGUUCCUGUUCAGCCCCAAGGGCGAGUGCCUCCGCGACGUCUACGCCCAGUUCCUGGAGAUGACCGAUGACAAGCUGUGAGGCCGCUGCGCCCAGGCCUUGCCUGCUGUCCCGUGGGCACCCGCGUCCAGCACUGGAGUGGCCACCGGGCCCCGUGGACGCUGGGCUCCGACAGCCGACGGGCUCGGGGCUGGGCUUGAGCGGGGACCCCAGGGGCCGGCGCAGCCUCCCGGGGGCCCCUCCUGUCCAGCCGCAGCAUCGAGCGAGGCCAGGCUUGCGGGGCUUCCAGAGCCGGUCAGGACCCCCCUCCCGCCGGAGCCGCCUGCCGAGCGCAGACCUCACUUCUCAGCCCCCCCCGAGGAAGCGUCACGGCCUGGGCUCCCGGCUGUGAACACCCCGACCACAGCGGCCGGGCCCGGGGCCGCGUCUGUCCCGCCUGCACCGUCUGCGCUCGGCGUCCGCGUGCAUGUCCCGCCCGUGUGUCCUUAAUCACAAGUUUAAUUUUGCACACUUACUUGUAAUGCUUCUUUUAAAUAAAAGUGGCUAAUUUUGUUGUACCUGUCGGAGCGCACAGGAGACCCCGGGCCGGCCUCAGCCCGCCGGCCCGCUGGCCGCCACCCACAUGGCACAGACUGGCUGGUCUCACCCUCACACCCCUCGAGUGUCGGGGCAGCGCGGGCCCAGCUGUCCCCCACGAGGCGGCGCCUGCAGGUGGGCCCGGGGCGUUGGCUCCGGGGAGCAGGCAGCGCUGAAGAGGCCCCGGCACACCCCGGGGUGGCUGUGAGGCCCGCGAGCCGGCCGGCUGCGUCUCAGGCAGGGCAGGGCGGAGGCUGCAGCCCACCCUCGCCCGGUGGGCACCCCCUGCAGCCCCGCCCCGGGACCAGCCGAGCUGGGUCUUCCCGGUCAGACGGGGGCAGCCCCGCGGUGUCUGCUCAUUGUCUCGUUUGUAAAACUUUUUAUAUAAUCGCCGUUGUCUUCUCGUUUUAUGUUUGUUUCAACCUGGGGGCUCCUCAUUCCUGCGCAGUCUGCCCUCCGGUGCUGUCCACCUCUGUGACUUCUGGUUCUGGUUCAUGAUUAAAACACGUUUUUCUUUGGGUUUUACUUUGUGGAUGU